AUGAAACACCAAUCAGUUUAAUUAUAAUUGAGUGACAGUUAAUCUAGGUCUGCUUAAGGUGUCUGUUUGAUUACUUUUUUGUCUUCUAAAUCCUCUGAAAAACUCAUUAAAAAUAAACAAAAAGAAAUGCAUUCGAAGGGUAAGAGAACUUUAGGCCCAAUAUAAAAAAUCAAUACCCCUUCCUUUGAUUUUCAAUCAGCCUUUAAGGAACAUUAGGAAGUAGAGGAAAGGAUUAAAAAAGAAACUGAAACUCAAGACCCAAGGAAACUUGUGAUGAAUCUAUUGAACGAUAGAGACAACUUACAGCCUAUAGAUGGCACUCUAACUAGUUCAUAAUUUGGGAUGAAGAAAAAGACAAACCUACGUAUUAAUCGAUAGGUCAAAAGUUAAGUGCCAUUGCUUACUGGUUAGAUCAAAAAUUUGAUUUCACUUAAUUUUAAUUCUCCAUCCAAUACAUUGAAAUUUGACAUGGAUUCUUAAUUCAACUCCAAAAGGUCAAAUUUCAUUCCCAAUUUUAUAAAUUCAGGCAGGAAUUUCGAUGUGGAAGUCAAAGGAACUUUGGGAGAAGAAUUCACUGAAUUUUAGAUGUAUGAUGAUGACUCGUAACCAGAGGACAUUCCAAAAAAUAAAAAUUUCUCCAAUGGAGGUAGAAUGGCCAAUAAAAAAUUGAAGGAUUACGAUUGUUGGGAUGAAGACAAAACUCCUGAACAAUGGAUUGAAUUAUGUCGUAAAAUCAAUCCUCCACAUGCCAGGUGUCCUCUUUUUGAUCAUUCAGACAAAUACAUUUGGACAGACGUUGAAGUUCUUAGUUAUCAAGAUGGACGCUAUGAAGUGAAGGUGUUGAGAAGUAACAAGAUCAAAUGGAUUGGAAGACUAUCCCUAUUAUUCUUUGCUGAAGAUCCCAUUAAGUUUGAAUAGAGAGUUGAAUUAUGUAAAUAAAGAUAAAGAAAUGCUGAUGAUGAAUAUCGAUUUCUUAAAUACAUCGAUUCUUUGCCUGAUUCAAUGACAUCUAUUUUAUCUACUGAAAUGCAGAAGAAGAUAGAUGAUUUCACCUAUUUCAGAGAAUUACCUUAUAUAACAAAAGAGGAUCCUAGCAAAACAGCUCCUGGAUUUCCAUAAAUACAAACUUUGAAGGAUGAAUCAAAAACUAUGAUUACUGACCCAGAAAUAAAGAGAAAACAGUUACAAAAUUUGGAUAUUCUUAAAAAAGAUCUAGUCAAACAAGUAGAAAAAGAGUACAUAAUGCUCAUGAAGAAAUGUUCUAUUCUAAAAGACAUGGAAAUUAAUAAAAAUGAUAUUAAAUGGAUUCAACUCAGAAUCAGAAAUAGAUUUGAAUAGGUCAAAAAACCAUUCUAUGGAUUGUGCAAAUAGUUUGGAAGCGAUACAAAGAUCAUCACUUAUGAAUCAUAGGCUCAAUCAGCUAAAUCAUUUAAUAACUAAUAAGAUUAUUGGGCAUUUGUUCCUACGAGAUAAGUGAUCUAAUCAUUACAUUAUUCCAAAUUGACUGUUGUUGUCAAUACUCUUAAUGCCUUAACUGCAAGAUCUCAAUUGUACCAAAACUUCCCCUUGUUAAAUGUAUUAUUGAAUCACCAAUCGCUUCCUAUGACUCUAUCCAAUUUUGAAAGUCAACAAAAACAACAUUAAGUGCAAGGAAGAUAAACUCUAUAGGUGCAAUGGAGAAGUACCAUUGUUGGUGACAUUCAAGAUAAAUUAAGAGAAAAGUAUAGAUUCUAUUAGACUGAAACUGAAGAUUAUCUAGAUAGUGACUUAUAAAAGUUACUUAUAAGAAUUGAUUACAUGUUUACUAAUUAUAUAAGAGAGAAUGUAGUUAAAUAGAAUUGUAUAGCUUGGGUUGAUUUUAUUAAGAAAUUUACUACUCCAAAAUAAGGAGAAUAUUGGAGGAUUAAUGACUACCCACUUAUGAUUCUUAAUCUUGAAGUCAAUCUUAGUUUCAAAAGAAGUAAGAAAAACGAAAAAAAGGUCAAACAAGAUGAUACUCCAUUAUUUGAGGAAGAUCCCACUAAUGCUAUAUAUUAUUCUCCAAGCUUAUAAUCUAUCUAAGCUGCUCUCUUGAAACCAUUAGAUCUACUGUUAGAAUCAGUUAAUUCAUUUAAUCGUCUAGAAAAGGAUCUUGUUCCUCUUGUUGAUAUUGAUUAAAAAAAGGAGGUUAAAGGGAGAUUAAGAGCCUAUGAAAUAGAAAAUGAUUAGGAUUAAAUUUGGGUUAAGUGGGCAAGAGACAAAGUUUUGGAGUACAUUGAAAUAGGUUUUCAGAAACCAAAUGAAAUGCUACACCGUUUUAGAGAAUACAGCUUUCUUUUAGAAAAGCCAGUUUCAAGCAUAUUAAAAAGUUUAUUUGGAGAUAUUUCUAAGAAACCAAUCAUAACAUCUUUGGAUAAGGAUGAGAUCUAAAAGAAAUUGAAUGAUUUUAUCAAUGCUAAAUUGUAAAUACAAAGGUUGUGUUUGGAUGAAAAGAAUGAAUAAUUCUUUUAGAUAAAAACUAGAAUUGCCAAGGAAAAUUUAAUUUAAAAGGCAAAUGAAUUUGUGUCUUCUAUUUUGAAACAAUGCUCAGAAAUAGUGACAGACAACAUUAGUCGUCUUAGUGUUGAGUAUAAUGAUAUGAGUGAAAGAAUCACAAAGUAACCAAAAAAUGAGGCAGAAUUAGUUGAAUUAAAGACCUACAUUGCUGAACAUGAAGUUAAUCUAGCCAAAAAGAAACAAGAGGUUGAUUGCUUAUAUGAUUAUUUGACAAUAUUUGAGGAAAUGAACCAUACAUUUGAAGACAAAAAUCUUUAUGAAUUUUGGAAUUUGUAUAGUUUCCCACCUGAAAUUAAGAAUCAUGUCAUAGAAGGAUAAAGGAAAGCCAAUCUUUAGGAGUAAAAGUUCAUAGAAAAUUUGGAUAAUGAAAAGGAUAAGUUUUAAGGGGAAUUAAGAGAAUUAGCUGAGUUAUAUCUCACAGUAUAGAAAUUUGAUGAUUACACAAAAGCAAAAGAAAAUGCCACUGAAGUUAUGUUAUUAAAUGAAAGGCUAUAGAAGGCUAAGGAAAAAGUUGAGUCCUUUAAUGAAAGAGAAAGAUUAUUUAAAUCACCAGAAUCUGUCUAUGAUGAAUUGGAAUAAUUAAUUAAGAACUUUGCUAUUUACUAUAAUUUAUGGACGUAUUUCAUUGAAUUUGAAAUGGAAAAGGGAGAUUGGUGUACUGGAUCAUUUUUAAAACUAAACUUUACCGAAAUAGAUUCUAAAGUUAGGACUAAUUAAAGAAAUGUCAAUAUCCUCAUUAAGGCAUUCUCAGAUACUGGAGAUGAUACUGCUGUUGAAGUGGCUAGAAAACUUAAGACCCAAAUUGAUGAGUUUAAAGAAAAGUUAUGGUUAAUUGAAUUACUUACUACAGAAGCCAUGAAAAUUAAAUUGAAUAUGUGGAAGGAUAUUUGGAAGAUUGUUGGAAUUGUUGAUUAAGAAACAAAUGAUGACCUAUCGUUAGAUACACUUGUCUCACAUGGUUUGAUGAAUCAUAGAAGUGACAUUGAGGAAGUUUCAAGAAGGGCAGAAAAACAAUGGUAAAUUGAAAAGAAUCUAAAUUUAAUACAAGAAAAGUUGAAAGAUUAAAAGGUUGAGAUGAUCCCAUAUAAGAAGACUGGAACAUUUGUAUUAAAGUCUCUUGAAGAAGUAGUCUAAUGCUUUGAUGAUUAAUUCAAUAUCUUAUUGAUGUUAAAGGCAUAACCAUAAAUAAAGGCAGUUUUACAUAAGGCUUAAGCUUUAGAAUAUAAAAUAGUAUUGAUACAAGAUACAUUGGAUGGAUGGAUAAAAUGUUAAAGAGGUUGGAUGUAUUUAGAACCAAUCUUUACAUCUGAUGAUAUCAAGAAGAAGAUGCCUUAGGAAACACUAAAGUUUUAGAAGGUGGAUUCGCAUUGGAGAACAGUCAUGGAACAAUUUAGCAAAGAACCAAAUUUAUGGGAUGGAGUAGAGAGUGAUAAGAUGAAAAAUGAAUUUGAUUAAGAUAAUAAAGCUUUGGAUUAGAUUUAGAAAUCAUUGAGUGAAUAUUUAGAAACAAAACGUAAUUCUUUUCCAAGAUUUUACUUCUUGUCAGAUGAAGAAUUGCUAGAAAUUUUGGCAUAAACUAAGGAUCCUGAAACUGUUCAAAAGCAUAUUAAUAAAUGUUUUGAAGCCAUCAAUUUAUUGGAAUUUGUUAAUGGAUAAGAGGUUGUUGCGAUGAUUUCAGCUGAAAAAGAAAAAGUACCUUUUUCAAAAGCCAUAAAUGUAAAUGAGGGAGAUAAAAAGGGAAAUGUUGAAAAAUGGUUAUGCGAAAUUGAAGCAGUUAUGAUUGAUACUCUUAAAAAGAUUAUGAAGGCAUCUCAUUUGGAUGUAGAUACUAAAAGAGUGGCUUGGGUUAGAAAAUGGCCAGCUUAAAUUGUAUUAGCUGUUAACAUGGUCAGAUGGACUAGAGGUAGUGAAACAUCAAUUAAUGAUAAGGAUAAUUCUCAUGGAGGAUUGGCAGGAUUCUUAUAAUAAUUAAUAAAUGAACUAAGAGAUAUAGUAGAUUUAGUUAGAUAGGAUUUGUCUCCUUUAGAGAGAUUAACAUUGGGAGCUUUGGUUGUGUUGGAUGUUCAUGCCAGAGAUGUUAUCAGAUAGUUGGUUAAGAUUGGUUGUAAUGAUAUUAAUAAUUUCCAAUGGAUGGCAUAAUUAAGAUAUUAUUGGACUGAAUAAGUAAUGAAAUGCAACGUAAAAAUGAUAAACGCUGAUUUACUAUAUGGAUAUGAAUAUUUGGGAAAUAGCAUGAGAUUGGUUAUUACCCCUUUGACUGACAGAUGUUAUCGUACUUUGAUGGGAGCAUUCCAUUUAUAAUAUGGAGGUGCACCUGAAGGUCCUGCAGGAACAGGAAAAACAGAAACAGUCAAAGAUUUAGCUAAGGCAUUGGCAGUCUAAUGUGUUGUGUUUAAUUGUUCUGAUGGUUUGAACUAUUUGGCUAUGAGUAAAUUCUUUAAAGGGUUGGCAAGUUCAGGAGCAUGGUGUUGUUUUGAUGAAUUCAAUCGUAUUGAUUUAGAGGUGUUAUCAGUUAUUGCUUAGUAAGUACUUACUAUCUAAGAUGCUAUCAAACAAAAGAGACCAGAAUUUGAAUUUGAAGGAACUCCAAUUAAACUUGUACCUUCCUGUGCUAUCAAUAUCACAAUGAAUCCAGGAUAUGCUGGAAGAUCUGAUUUACCUGACAACUUAAAAGCCUUAUUUAGACCAUGUGCUAUGAUGGUUCCAGAUUAUGCAUUGAUUUCUGAAAUAUAUUUAGCUUCGGUAGGAUUUUAAGAUGCAAAUAAUUUAGCUCGUAAAAUUGUUGCCUCACUCAGGUUAUCAUCUGAAUAACUAUCAUCACAAGACCAUUAUGAUUUUGGUAUGAGAGCUUUGAAGGCUAUUUUGACAGCUGCAGGUAAUUUAAAAAGAGUCAUGAAUGAUAUUGAAGAUAUCAUCUGUUUAAGAGCACUUAUGGAUGUCAAUAUUCCAAAGUUUACAAUUAAUGAUGUGCCUCUAUUUAAUUCAAUCACGUCUGAUCUAUUUCCAGGAAUAAAGUUACCAGAAUAAGACUAUGGAGCAUUGGAAACAGCACUCAAAAACAUAGCAUAAGAGAUUAAUAUCCAAGCAGAAAAAGGUUUCAUUGAAAAGUGUAUUCAAUUGUUUGACACCAUCAAUGUUCGACAUGGUUUGAUGAUAGUAGGAUAGGCAUUUGCAGGUAAAUCUAAGGUGUUGGAAUGUUUGGGCAAAGCAAUGUCAUCAUUAAAUAAAAUACAAUCAUUUGUGAAUGUGGCUGUGCUUAAACUUAAUCCAAAAUCAAUUACUUCAGAUUAAUUAUAUGGUAAGUUGGAUCCAGAUACAAAAUCAUGGACUGAUGGAGUCAUAGCUAUUAUUAUGAGAUAGUGUGCAUAAGAUGCAGAAAUUGAAGAAAGAAAGUGGGUUGUAUUUGAUGGACCUGUUGAUGCAGUUUGGAUUGAAAAUAUGAAUACUGUAUUGGAUGAUAACAAGAAAUUGUGUUUGACAUCUGGUGAAAUCAUAAAAAUGACAAAUUGGAUGACCAUGAUGUUUGAAGUUGAAGAUCUAGCUGUAGCAUCUCCUGCCACUGUUAGUAGAUGUGGUAUGGUGUUUUUGGAGACACAAUAAAUUGGAUGGUAUGCUUUAGUUAAAUCAUAUAUAUAAACAAUUCCAGAGAAAUUUAUAGAACAUCAUUAUUUAGAUGAUUUAUUGAGAGUUUUGAUUGAUUGUUGCUAGGAAUGGCUGAGAAGGAAUGGUAAAUUCCCAAUAUAUAGAAGUGAAAUGACUUUAGUCAAAAAUAUGUUACUCAUAUUGUAAACAUAUGUGCAGGAAUGGACAGAUAUGGAUGACAAGGCAUCACAAAAACAAAUCAAUCAAAAUGAAAUUAAAGAUAUAAUCUCAAAAGCGAUAUUAUUCUCAUGUGUUUGGAGUUUUGGAGCUGCAAUUGACGAAGUCUGUAGAAAACAAUUCAAUUAAUUUUUAAUUAAAUUGAUAUCAUCUGAAGAUGUUCAAGAUUCCUACAAAUUGCAAUUGUAGUAUAAAUUCUAACCAAUCACAAUAAAUGCUAAAUUACCAGAUAAAGCCAAUCUAUUUGAUAUGGUUUAUGAUAGAAAUAAAAACAAUUUCAUAAGUUGGACUUAAACUUAACCACCAUUCAUAAUACCAAAAGGAUGCGAGUAUCACGAUUUACUUAUACCUACUAGUGAUUCAAUCAGAAAUAAUUACUUCCUGCAUUUAUGUGUGAAAAAUAAAAUUCAUCUUCUUGUAUCUGGACCUACUGGUACUGGUAAAACAUCGAAUAUUGUGAGUGAAAUCAAUAAAAAAUUAUUUUUAAACACAGAAUAUACAAAUUUGAUAACUGCAUUUUCAGGUUAAACUUUAGUGAAUUAAGUUCAAAAAACUAUAGAGGCUAAAGUUAAUUCAAGAAGAAGAAAAGGAUACUUUGGACCUGAAGAAGGUAAGAAGUACAUAGUAAUCUUUAUUGAUGAUUUGAAUAUGCCAGCAAAAGAAAAGUAUGGUGCACAACCUCCUAUAGAAUUGUUAAGACAAUGGAUGGAUACUGGAGGAUGGUAUGAUUUAGAAACGAAGGAACCUAAAUACCUUUAAGGAAUUACAUUUAUUGCAAGUAUGUUGCCUCCUACUGGAGGUAGAAAUGUAGUCAGCAUGAGAUAUUUAAGACACUAUGUUCUCUUAUAUGUGGAACCAUUCGAAGGAGAUUCGUUGCAAAGGAUAUUUUAGAAUGUGUUGGAAUGGUACUAUGCUCGACAAACAAAUCCAUUUAUGAAAUCAAUUACAAAUCUUAGAGAUUAAACAGUGAAUGCCACUCUAGAUAUUUAUUAAUUAAUCUAAACAUGUAAAGAACUUUUGCCAACACCAGCUAAAUCUCAUUACAUUUAUAAUCUUAGAGAUAUCAGUAAAGUGUUCUAAGGAAUUUCUAAAGGAAUAGUCAAAUCAUUCAGGGACGAAAAUGAUUUCAUUAAAUUAUGGGCACAUGAAUGUCAACGAGUAUUUUAGGAUAGAUUGAUUAAUGAAGAUGAUUAAGGAACCUUUGAUAAGAUUCUAAAGGAAACCAUUCUGAAACACUUCAAACGAGAUUGGAAACAACUAGUGUAAAUUGAACCACUCUUAUGGGCAUCGUUUGUUCCCACUCUCUAUCCUGAUGAUGAUAAAACAAAGAGACCUAUGACUGAUAUCUAUUGUGAAUUAACAGAUCGAGAGACACUUAAGAAAGUAUGUCAAGAGUAAUUAAAUGAAUACAAUUCUCAAUACACAAGCAAUAGAAUGGAAUUGGUGUUAUUUAUGAAUGCUAUUCAACAUGUGCUUAAAAUAGUGCGUGUUGUUAAUACCACAUUUGGUCAUGCAUUAUUGGUUGGAGUGGGAGGAUCUGGAAGAAAGAGUUUGGCUUAAUUGGCAUCAUUCAUAGCAUUCCAAAAUGAAACCUUGCAAGUUGACUCAAGAAAUUGGAUAGAAGAAUUGCAAAAGGUUAUGAAGAUGGGAGGAAUUGAUCAAAAAGAAUUUGUGUUUAUGUAUUCAGACACUUAGAUCAUCAAGGAAUCAAUGGUUGAGGAUAUUUGUAAUAUCUUGAAUAAUGGUGAGGUGCCUAAUCUAUUCCCUCCUGAAGAGAAGAGUAAAAUCAUUGAAGAAAUGAGCAGUUAUACUUCUGGUACACCCAACGAAAAGUAUAGUUACUUCGUUAGGUAAUGUAAGAAGAAUUUGCAUCUUGUGAUUUGCAUGUCACCUGUUGGAGAGGCAUUUAGAAGAAGAUUGCGUACUUUUCCAGCUUUGGUUAAUUGUACAACCAUUGAUUGGUUUUUACCAUGGCCAGAAGAGGCUCUUAGAUCAACUGCUGAUGCAGUAUUUACUAGGGAUAUGAACAUUACUGAUACUAAAUUGAGAUAAGGUUUAGUGGAUAUAGCAGUCGAUAUGUAGAUGAGAGUGUCUGAUCUAACCAAAAGAUAUUAUAAUGAAUUAAGAAGAUAUUAUUAUGUUACUCCAACUUCCUAUUUGGAAUUGCUCAACACAUUUAAGAGACUGAAAUCAGAUAGAGAUCAAAAUAUGAUUAAACAAAUAUCUCGUUAUGAGGCAGGUGUUGAUAAGAUUAUCAUUACAGAAAGUGAAGUAAGCAAAAUGUAGAAGGAGUUAGAAGAUUUAUAACCUAAAUUGGAAUAGGCUACUAAGGACAAUAAAGCUGAUGCAAGAAAAUAGGUUUGUCAAUAAGAAGAGAAAGACUGUAAUGUACAAAGAGAUGCUGCUAAUGCUUUAAGAAAUGAUUGUUAAAAUGAUCUUGAUAAAGUGUUACCUAUUCUGGCUCAGGCUGCUGAGGCAUUGGAAAAGAUUGAUAAAAAUGAUAUGGUUUAAUUGAAAUCAUUUCCUAAGCCUCCCCCUUCUGCAGCUAUUGUCAUGGAAGGAUUAUGCUACAUCUUUUAAGGAAGAUCAAAAUAACCUGGGUCUAUGGAAAAAGUAUAAGAUUUUUGGGAGUACUCUAAAAAGAAUCUUUUGAAUGACAAAUUGAUUAAAAGAAUUAAGGAUUUCAGAGAUGAUUCAAUCAGAUAAAUUCCUUAAGUAAAGAUCAACAAAUUAAAAGCAUUCUCGUAAAAUCCAUUGUUUUAGAAGGAUAAGGUGUUCAAUGCAUCUGUUGCAGCAGGUAAUCUAAGUUUGUGGGUUCGUGCUGUUGUAGAAACUUAUGAUGCUCUAUUAGUGGUGGAUCCAAAAAGAUAGCAAUUAUUGGAAGCUGAGUCAAAAUUAAAGGAAGCAGAAGAAACUCUUAGAGUGAAGUAAGAAGCAUUGCAGGAAGUGCUUGACAUGUUGGCUAAAUUAGAAGCAGAAUAUAAUAAGGCGAAAUAAGAGAAAGAAGAUUUAGAGGCUAAGGUCAAUAAGUGCAAAAUCUAAUUGAGUAGAGCAGAGAAAUUAAUUACUGAGUUAGGAGGAGAGAAGGAGAGUUGGAAGAAGAAGGCUGCUGAUUUUAGAGUUGAUUCUAAAACAAUCGUUGGUGAUUGUAUACUAUCCUCAGGGAUUGUUGCGUAUUUGGGAGCAUUUCCUAUUGCUUAUAGAGAUGACACUAUAAAAGCUUGGCAAGGUUUAUUAGUUAAAUUGAAUUUGGAGUAUGACCCAGACUAUUCAUUACAAAAGAUUUUAUGUGAUCCAAUCACUAUGGGAUAAUGGACAAAUGUAUAAAAGCUACCAAAUGAUUCGUUUUCAAUUGAUAAUGCAAUUAUCUUAAAAAAUUCAACAAGAUGGCCUUUAAUGAUUGACCCACAAACAUAAGCAAAUACAUGGGUUAAGCAUAUGGAAAUGAAACAUGGAGAGAAUUAAUCAUUGGUGAUCGUGAGACCUACAUAAUCUUAGAAUGUGUUAUCUAAGACAUUGGAAAGUGCUUUACAAUUUGGUUAAAGUGUGUUAUUAGAAAAUGUUGGAGAGGGCAUAGAUGCUAUUUUUGAAUCAAUAUUACAAUAAAAAAUUAUCAAGUAAGGUUCAGCUUAUAAGUUAAAAUUCGGAGAUAAGAUGGUUGAUUACUCAAGAGAUUUCAAAUUCUACAUGACAACCAAAUUAGCCAGACCUCAUUAUCCACCUGAAAUUUGUGUCAAGGUCACAAUGCUAAACUUCUAAGUUACCUAGGAGGGUUUAGAGGAUCAGAUGUUAAAUAUUGUUGUAAAGAUAGAGGAACCUGCUAAAGAUGAACAAAGAUAAAGGAAUAUCAAGGAGUUCUUUGAAAAUAAGAAUAAAUAAAAGAUGACAGAAGACAAUAUCUUGUAAUUAUUAUAAGAGUCCAAAGGAAAUUUACUGGAUGAUGAAGUUCUAAUUGACACACUCUAAAGAUCGAAAGCAGAAUCGAUAACUAUUUAAGAUAAAUUAAAGAAGUAGGAGUAGGAUAGAGAACAAUUCAAUUAGAUUCGUAAUUUCUACAGAGAAGUCGCAAAGAGAGUUGCUAACUUAUAUUUUGUUGUGUUGGAUCUUUCAUUAAUUGAACCUACUUAUCAAUGGUCAUUAGAAUUCUAUAUCAUAUUAUUCGAAAGAGCAAUCAGGGAAUCAAUUUAAGGAAAGGAGAAUAGAAGCAAAAAUAUAAUAGAUAAAUUUUAAAUAUCUUUAUAUGAGAGUAUCUGCAGAUCUCUAUUAGAGAAAGAUAAAUUGAUCUUCUCCUUCUUGAUGACAAUGAAAGUGAUGUAAAGUGAUGGAAAAAUCACUCCUUAAGAGAUUCGUUUCACUAUGGUGGGAGGAACCUACACAGAUCCCACAUAUCAUCAUCCAUAAUAGGCAGAAUGGAUUUCUAAGAAGAUGUGGUGUUUAAUAACUGAAGCAGCAGAUGUAUUGGCAUGCUUCAAAGGGUUGCCUGAAUCAAUUACCAAGAAUCUAGAUGCAUGGCAGGAGAUUUAUGAUAGUUCUGAACCACAAACUUAAAAGUUACCAGAACCAUGGGCUACAAAUCUAUCAGCCUAUUAGAAAUUAAUAAUCUUGAGAAUUAUCAGGCCAGAUAAAUUCGCUAAUGCAACACAGAAUCUAAUUAUUACAGAAAUGGGUAAGUAAUUCAUGGAUCCUCCUCCUUUCAAUUUGGAAUAUGCCUAUAAAGAUGCAGAUGCAUUCACACCUUUGAUUUUCAUUUUAUCUCCUGGAGCAGAUCCCCGUUUGGAAAUAUAAUCUUUGGCAGACAAAUUUGGAUUUAGAUAAAACUUUAUACCACUCUCUUUGGGUCAGGGAUAAGGAGAAAUCGCAACUAAUGCAAUUAAAGGAGCUGUAAAGGAUGGUAAAUGGGUAUUGUUAUAGAAUUGCCAUCUUGCUCCCUCGUUUAUGCCGGAAUUGGAGAGAAUUCAUGAAUAGGAGAUAUGUGCUAAGCCAGACGUGAAUACGGAUUUCAGAAUAUGGUUAACUUCAAUGCCAUCUAAUGUAUUCCCUGUGACUCUUUUAAUGAAAGGUAUUAAGAUGACUUAUGAGCCACCCAGAGGAUUAAAAAAUAAUAUGCUAAGAAACUUCUCAUCAAUUGACAAUAAAAGUUUUGAGUAAUGUAAGAAACCAGUGGAGUGGAAAAAAUUAUUCUUUGGAUUAAACUUCUUCCAUGCUGUUUGUUUAGAAAGACGUAAGUAUGGACCUCUUGGUUGGAACAUUCCUUAUGAGUUUACAUCUGCAGAUCUGGCAAUAUCUGUAUCUCAAUUAAGAAAUUUCCUUGAUACAUUUGAAGACAUACCUUGGGAGGCUCUCAAUUAUAUGGUAGCUGAAGCCAAUUAUGGAGGUAGAGUUACAGAUCCCAAAGAUAGAAGAUUAAUUGCCAUUCUGCUCAAAUAAUUCUAUACAACUGAUGUAUUAUAGAUUGACAAACAUAAAUUGAGUCCAAGUGGUACUUAUUAUAUUCCUCCAAAUGGAGUUCUAGAAGACUAUAAAGAGUAUAUUAGAAAUUUACCUUUAAAUGAUUAAACUGAAGUAUUUGGACUACAUGACAAUGCAGAAAUCUCAUCAGCCAUUAUUGAAACAAAUUUCAUAACAUCGACAAUAUUAUCAUUACUUCCAAGAUCAACUGGUGGUUCAGGAGCAUCUGCGGAGGAUCUUAUAAAAGAAAAGUGCAAAUAGAUUCUAGCUAAAUUGCCUAAAAGAUUCAAUGUUGAAGAGGCUGCUCGUAAACAUCCAGUUUAAUACAAUUAGAGUAUGAACACUGUAUUGCAAUAAGAAUUGAUUAGAUUCAAUAAAUUAUUAUAGGCAGUUACACAAUCUUUGAUUGACUUAGGCAAGGCAAUUGAUGGUUUGGUUGUGAUGAGUGCAGACUUAGAACAAGUUUUCAACAAAGUGUUUGAUAAUCAAGUUCCUGAUAUUUGGCAUAAGGUGGCUUAUCCAUCACUUAAACCCCUAGGUUCUUGGAUUAAUGAUUUUAUUGAAAGGUUGCACUUUAUGCAAUUAUGGAUAGACAAUGGUGCACCACCUACCUUCUGGGUGUCUGGGUUCUUUUUCACUUAGUCCUUUUUAACUGGAACUCUGUAGAACUUUGCUAGGAAGUACUAAAUUCCAAUUGAUACAUUGUCCUUUGAAUUUAUAGUGAUCCCCCCUUCAUCUCAAGAGUAUGAUCUUACUAAACCACCUGAUGAUGGAUGUUAUGUUUAUGGUUUGUUCCUUGAUGGUGCGAGAUGGGAUGAAGAAAACAGAUGUCUUAAUGAAAGUCUGCCCAAAAUUUUGUAAUAUUCAGUGCCAUAUCUCUGGUUAUUGCCAAGUGAGGAGAAGAAGGAUUGGGAUGCUGAUACAUCUGUUUAUGAAUGUCCGGUUUACAAGACUUCCAGAAGAGCAGGAACUCUAUCGACCACUGGUCAUUCAACCAACUUUGUUAUAUCUAUAUAUCUACCAAUAUCCCCUGAUCAUCAUCCCUACCAUUGGGUCAAAAGAGGAGUUGCAAUUCUCUGCUAGACAGAUGAUUGA